UGUAACUUUACUGUUCAGGGUUCCGGUAACAGAAUGCUGGAAUCCAAAAUGGCGACUGUCAAGACUGCUAAAAAGAAAGUAAAGAGGUACUAUGAAGAACAAGAUGAAGAUCAGACUCCAGUAGGCAAUGUGGAUGAAACAGAUACCCAGACAGAAUCUCUUAAAAAUGUUCCACAUCUUCCAACAGAACAAAAACAAGGUCAAAAGAGAGAAAAAAGAGAUCAAAAGAAGCCAAAGAGUAAAUUUAUAUCAGGGGCUAAAGAUCCCUUUCCAGGUUCAGUUUCUGUACCCCAAAAUCAUCUUUUAAAGUAUGAGCGAGCUAGAAAAUCAAAACUGGGCAGGAAAUAUUCCCCAUAUGUUCAGCACCGCUUACAGACCCAAGAGAAUGACAUGCAGACAGCGCUGGGGCAAGCAGCCAGACAUGAUGUACUUCUGCCAGAGGAGGAAGGAUUUCUAGAAGGGGAUGAGGGCCAGGACACAUGUACUAUAACUCAAGAAGACAUUGCUGAAAUAGUGGACAUCACCAGUGGAUCAAAGCAUUUCAACCUGAACCUCAAUCAAUUUGGCCCAUACAGAAUUAACUACACUCGCAAUGGCAGAAACCUUCUGCUGGCGGGGCAGCGUGGUCAUGUUGCAUCCCUGGAAUGGCAAUCAAAGAAGCUCGCCUGUGAGAUGAAUGUGAUGGAAACAGUUAAUGAUGUGAAGUGGUUGCACACAUAUACCAUGUAUGCAAUGGCUCAGCGGCGUUGGCUUUAUAUUUACGACUCACAGGGUGUUGAGCUUCACUGCAUAAAAAAGUUUAAUGAUGUUUUGCGUAUGGAAUUUCUGCCAUAUCACUUCCUGCUAGCAACAUGUAGUUCCACUGGAUUUCUCCAAUACUUAGAUGUCUCUGUUGGGAAAGAAAUAACAGCUACAUGUGUUAAAUCGGGAAGACUAAAUGUAAUGUGCCAGAAUCCUAGCAAUGCAAUUAUACACCUGGGACAUCACAAUGGGACAGUGUCUCUCUGGAGUCCAUCCAUGAAAGAGCCACUUGUGAAAAUGCUGUGCCACCGUGGGGCAGUGAGAGCCCUGAGUGUUGAUAAAACAGGAAUGUACAUGGCCUCUUCUGGUCUGGACAGGAAGCUGACCAUUUUUGACCUCCGUACUUACCGUCCACUCACUUCCUGUAUUCUCCCACUUGGUGCAGGAUCCCUGUGUCAUAGCCAGAAGGGGCUGUUAGCAGCAGGAACAGGGGACAUUGUGCAGGUUUAUAAAGACACGCACCUCACUCCUCCUCGCUCCCCCUAUAUGUGUCUACAAGUUAAAGCCCCUAUUCAUGGCCUUCAGUUCUGCCCCUUUGAAGAUGUUUUGGGUAUUGGGCAUGGAGGAGGCUUUACAAGUAUGAUUGUACCAGGUGCCGGAGAAGCAAAUUUUGAUGCUAUGGAGUGCAAUCCUUAUGAGACCAAAAAGCAGAGACAAGAAUGGGAAGUCAAAGCUCUGCUGGAGAAGAUCCAACCAGAACUCAUCACUUUGGAUCCAACUCAGCUGGGAGAGGUUGAUGCCAUCACCAUGGAACAGAAGCACAAAGAGAAAGUGGAGAGACUGGGAUUUGACCCUCAUGAAAAAACACCCUUUGUCCCCCGCCACAAGUUAAAGGGUCGGAGUUCUUCAGGGAAUUUGCUCAAACGCAAAAAGAAGGUGGCACAUGAAGAACAAAGGGAACAUGUUCGGAAAAGUAUGGAAGUUAGAGAAAAACAGAAAAAAGAGCAGAUCAGUGAAGGGAUAAUACCCCGAGCUGAAAAGUCAGCCUUAGACAGAUUCAAAAAGUGAGCAGCAGUACAGAGAACUUGGCAAACACUUUUCACGAGCAGCACUGCAAGAAUUCCAUCUUUACCAACCAAUAUUACUUUUUUUGUGCUCAUGGCAUUUGUAUUUUCUUACUAGUGUUGCCACCUGGUCCAUAUUUUACCAGCCUGGACGGCAAAAAAGAUGCUUGAUGUCAUUACUAGGGAAAAAAAGAAAAAAUAUAGGAAGGCUGGUAAUUUUUUCCAGAAAAGGUGGCAACCCUAUUUCUUACCCACUAUACAACACUCAGUGAGUGUCAGUUUGUCAAAUGGCAAUAGUUUUACCGUAUGGCUAUGGUUUAUAUGUCUUUCAGCCCUACACACACGUACUGUAUAUAUGUUUAAUAAGAAUUAAAUAACAUGUCAGUUUCA